UCGCUGUAAACUGUAGCAAAUGUCGCCCGCACCCCGACCACCCCGCUGACUACACAAAUCAACAGUCUAUGCGUCCACACUAUGGAGGAUCUCAUACAGUAAAUAUACCAGUACUUGCACAGGUUAUUUGGACUUGGAAUACUUUGAUGCGGCUGCUUGCCGAGUCCACUGGCAGUCACAUGUCGAUAAGGAAGCGCGUUGGCAGUUUGCUGCUGGCCAUGAUUAGCUCACGGCCGUGGUCAUGAUUAGAUGGGGUCCGAUGCUCCCACCGGAAGAGAUAACGGGUAGUGAAAUGUGAUGGGAUCCGACAGUUAGAGACUCUGGUCAGCUGUAUCAUUCAUUCAUGGCUAGUGUACCUAUGGUGUCAGCAAAAACUGUGUCCAACGACAGUCGGAGCGAUCAAAUGUAUUCCACACUUAGCACCGAUCCAGAUGCUGUCCAGUCGUCAGACGACGACGACAGCGUUGAUGUAGAUAAUAGUACAGAGACCCCUUCGCCGACAGCGGACUCACCUAGACAUAGGAGAUAUUUGUACCCAAAGAAGGAGUUUGUAGACAAGCUGCGACCAGAAGAGAUUCGAUGGUUUCACCGCUCAGAGAAUGCGAAGAAGUGGGCAGCUUUCAUCGGCUAUGACUCGCUGCGCAUCGAGUGUCGUUAUCGAGCUCUGGAAGUUGACAGCAAUGGCGACCUUGAUGCCAACGAGCGAAUCCUAGUACUAGGAGGACUUUACGAGGUAGAUGUGGUUAAAAAAAAGUGCUUCCCGGUCUACUGGUCAGGAGAUGUAUCUGACAUAAUUCGUGGUGCCUGGUUUUAUGACUGCACCUGGCAGCCACUAGAAGAUCGCUAUGCCAUCCUUAUAGAAGAGGACCAUAUCACCCACUUUUUGGGCCAGCGCCUGGAGAGUGAAUGUACUCAAACAACCAAGGGACACAAACCUGUGAUUCACAAUAUCAAGUUCCGUGAGUUUCAUGUGGACUGGAAUGCCACAAAUGAAGUCUACAUGUUCAGUGAAUCAACAUCUUCAAAGUUUAUGCGCAGUGUGGGAAAGUCUUUGGGCUGGCAGAAGUCUGGUACCCGUCUACACCGUGGCUAUCGUGUAGAGGCUGUGAUGGAUGACAAGCCUGCUGACAUCACUCACCUUGUCUUUGUCAUCCAUGGUAUUGGACAGAAAAUGGAUUCAGGCAGGAUAGUUCGUUGUUGCAAGGAUUUGCGAGGCUGUGUUGUCUCCAUUGAGCGCAAGCUGUUCCCCGACCUUGGGUCAAGCAAUCAGAGAGCAGAGUUCUUGCCAGUGGAGUGGCGCUCAUCUCUGAAACUAGACGGUGACACAGUGGAGUCUAUUACACCCCACAAGAUGAAAGGUGUGCGCAAUAUUCUUAACAGCAGUGCUAUGGAUAUCCUGUACUACACCAGUCCGUUGUACAGAUCAGAGAUAACGCAUAGUCUCCGAGCAGAGCUGGUGAGACUCUAUCACAUGUUCUGUAAUCGUCAUCCAUACUUCGAAGCUAAUGGUGGCAAAGUUUCCAUUGUUGCUCAUUCUCUGGGAAGUGUCAUCACCUACGACAUCAUUACUGGUUGGGAUCCCAUCCGGUUGUAUGACCAGUUUCUCACAUCAGUCUUUGAGGGAGAGCAAGUGGAUGCACAGAGCAAUAACCCACAAGUUCUAGAGGAACUUGGAACCACCCACAAGCGGGUCAUGGAACUAGAGGUUUUACGCAAACACUUAAAGGAGAAACAAGCAAUUGAGGAAAGUCUGCCAUUCCAGGUGGAAAACCUGUUUUGUGUGGGAUCACCAUUGGCAGUGUUUCUGGCAUUGAGAGGAAUUCGACCUCAAGGCACAGGGUCACAUGCUCAUCUGAUGCCCACCAGCAAGUGUCGACGGCUUUUCAACAUCUAUCACCCAUCAGAUCCUGUGGCAUACAGACUGGAGCCUCUCGUCCUCAAGCACUAUGCCACCAUUAUGCCACUGCCUAUUCAUCUGCACUCUGCAUCUCAUCACUCCUCCUAUGUAGGCAUGCCACGGAAGGCUUAUGCACCUUUCCAAGGAAGUGCAGAUGGCAUUGCCCAGAAGACUUGCACAGAGGAUGGACAGGACUCCAGCGGGAAAGAAGAGUGUCUUGAGAACUUUGUCACGGCAGGAACCUCGCACAAGACAGAAGCAAAGAGUGACGGCAAAGUCAAAGGCUUUUCUUUUGCAUUCUUGAAGGUGGCCAACAGUAUUGGUUUUUCUUCCCCUGACAAGCUGACUUAUGAAGUUGGCAGGUGGCUGGCAGAUCGCAAAUCCAAGAAAGAUGACAAUGAAAUGAGCGCUGAGCUCAAGAUGCUUCAGUCACUGGACCAUGAAGCCCAGCACGCACAGGCUGCCAUUCAGUACCCGGAGCCCAAGGACAUUGACAAAACAGAGCUGGAGUACCGCCUAGACUACCAGCUGCGAGAGCGGAGCAUGGAGAACAGCUACGUCUCUUUGUUGACGUCACACACAUCAUACUGGACCAGCCGUGAUGUGGCUCUUUUCCUGCUGGUUCAUCUAUUUCCACAGCUGCAGGAAGAGGGUGUGUAGCGUUCAGCGAGUAUGCCUAGUCAUGCUGACAACUAUUACUGCUGUCAUGGGUGUGUAGUUGUCAGCGAGUAUGCCUAGUCAUGCUGACAACCACAGAUCAAACCUUAAGAUUGCUGUUGUCAUGGGUGUGUAGUUGUCAGCGAGUAUGCCUAGUCAUGCUGACAGCCACAGAUCAAGCCUUAAGAUCUCUGCUAUGGGUGCUCAGUUGUACUAACAUUGUAGUCAUAUGCAACUUCAUCUUUUAAAUUUGAACAUCACACCAAGAUUGUUAUUGCUAUAAAGAAUGCUAAGAUACAGUCAGUCAUAUAUGUCAUCUUCAGUGGACUGUAUUCUAAACAGGCUUUGGUUUUUCAAAUUUAUGUCAAGCUUAACAUUCUUGUGCAAGGAUCUGUUUCACAGGGAAAUGCCUCGUUAGAAAGGAUAGAACUUUGAUCUUGAUGAUGCAGUCAUAAUGCAUUAUCUACAUUAUCAGUACAGUUGUGUAUUCUUGCUGGCUUAUCUGGUCUUGUCGGCCCUGAGUAUUUGAGGUAGUCAGCAUGUCACCUAUGAGUAUAAACAUCGAUCAAUAAUUGUCUGAGCACUGUACGAACAAAAUAAGCAUUGUCUGAAAAAAGUGUACUCUAUACUCCACUAUAGCUGGUUGUCUUUUAUCUUGAAUUCAGGGGCAGGCCAUUGUCUGAUAAAGCUUAUUGUGAGUUGUGGGCCCUGAGACUUGGUGUAAUAACAUGUCUGUCUCCAGUCCAUCAACCAUCAUUUAAAUCACACUUUUUUAAUUAUUUCUUAGAUAUAUAAAUGCUUGCAAAGACUGCCAAUGCACAGUUUGUAGCUAUAUAUAAUGUAGUCUCGUCUUGAUGCUAAAAAUGUCUGUUAGUUUGUCUGCAGCCAUCUUGCAUUUUAUCAGCACAAGGUGGGAGAAAACUGCUUGCUGUCUUUCACAAGUCAUGAGUUCUCGGUCACUUUACAUUUUCACAAGUCUUGAGUUCUGGCUGCUGUUGAUAUUUUUUACAUCAUUAUCACAGUCUUACAGAUUCAUUUCUGUCCAGGCUUUCCUCAUUCAGCCUAUGCCUAUUCUUGUGUCUCUGUAAAUUGUCUGUUGCACGUGUGUACAUAUUUGUGUACAUAAACAUGAGUUCUGUUAUUGAACACUCACAGUGUGUUUGUAUGCUAGACUGUUACUAGUCAGAGUCCUUCAUUAAUGUUACUCAGUAUAUUUUUGUCUUACCUGGACUUAAAAAUUGUGUCUUAUUGUAUAUAUAUAUAUUCAUAUUCAGUGCCUUGCUGCUUAUGAUCUGUUCUGCUAAUUAAUCUUUUCUACCUUGAGUCAAGGGAGAAUACUAGUUGUAUUGUGUAAUGUCUUUCAUUUGUCUAGGGUUGUAUUAUGAUGUGUUCUGCUGUAUAAUCUUUUCUACCUUGAGUCAAGGGAAAAUACUAGAUGUAAUGUCUUUCACAUGGUUGAGAUGUAUUUAAAAGAAACCCAAACUAUGCCCAUGUGCACAGUUAUAAUAAUAUUAAAGCGUUAUGUGUGCAUGCUGCAAGUACAUGUCUUUGAUAGCGAUUUACAGGCAAUAUUUAGUUGUCCAAAUAUUUGUUUGGAGCAUCUUUUACGUAUUGCAGGGUGGAGGUAACUUGCUUUGUUCUCAGUUUUUAGACCCGGUAAUCUUCAGUCAUUUUAAUCUGUAAAUAAUCUGCAGAGUGCUUCCUAUUCUGCAGUAAUCCACAAGUCCUACAGGAGUUCUCUUAUCCUUUAGUUUUCCUCAAAUUCUAUUGAAAUCAAGCGAUCAUGUGAACAUAACAAACUAUCCUGAUUCUUUUUGGCAGCAAACAGUGUACAGAUAUAUCAUGUCCAAAGAUAUAGUCAUAACUCUACAUCUCUUAAUGCAUGCAACCCUUGUACACGUUUAUAAAACACAAAUUUACAUUCCUUUCAUGUAUGUAGAAAGUCAAACUACGUUCCAUAUAAGUAAUGCAAUGGGAGAGGUUUGUGUUUGUGAACUACAAACAAAGGUAUUAUCCAUUUGACACCGUUCAACAUAAAUGCUUUUGGAACAAGGA